UUUCUUUCAUUUGGCUGUUUUCAACCAUGACAGAGCGGUAUAACUGUUCUACAGACGCUCUCCCCUCAUUGGUCGCAAGCUGUCAGGUGGGCGGGCCUUGCAACCUCACGACCCCGACCUCGAAGAACGUCAGCGUCGACCUGGCGGCCACGUGCGUGAGUCUGGAGGAGUAUCUGCGGCGUCACUUGGGCCCGCGGCGGUCACCCGUCUUCCUGCCCGUGUGCGUCACCUUCCUGCUGAUUUUCGUGGUGGGCGCAGUGGGCAACGCGCUGACCUGUGCUGUCAUCGCCGGCAAGAAGGUCAUGCACACGCCCACCAACUACUACCUGUUCAGCCUGGCGGUGUCAGACCUGCUAGUGCUGCUGAUAGGGAUGCCUCUGGAGCUGUACGAGAUGUGGAGCAACUACCCCUUCCUGCUCGGCCAGUGGGGGUGCUAUUUCAAGACGUUCCUCUUCGAGACAGUGUGUUUUGCCUCUGUCCUGAACGUGACGGCUCUCAGCGUGGAGCGCUACGUAGCGGUGGUUCACCCCCUCCGCGCCAAGCACGUGGUGACACGGGCCCACGCCAAGCGCGUGAUCGCCGCCCUAUGGGCCAUCUCCAUGCUGUGCGCUGUCCCCAAUACCAGCAUGCACGGCGUCAGCUCCCUGCCUCCCGUGCUGGACCGCGACCUCCCCGAAUCGGCCAUCUGCACCCUCGUCAAGCCCACCUGGAUGUACAACCUCAUCGUCCAGGUGACGAUGGUCGUCUUCUUCUUGCUGCCCAUGCUGACCAUCAGCGCACUGUACUUGCUCAUCGGCCUCCAGCUGAAGCGGGAGAAGAUGCUGAGGGCUUUGGAGGCCAAGUCCAGUCUGGGCCGGGACAAUUACUACAGCGUGCAGAGAUCACGCCACAGGCAGAUCACCAAAAUGCUCUGCGUGCUGGUGGUGGUGUUCGGGAUCUGCUGGGCCCCCUUCCACGCGGACCGCCUCAUGUGGAGCUUCAUCGAGGACUGGACCGAGUUCCGGCAAAAGAUGUUCGAAUACGUCCACAUCCUUUCCGGUGUUUUCUUCUACCUGAGCUCCGUCGUCAACCCCAUCCUCUACAACCUGAUGUCCUCGCGCUUCCGCGAGAUGUUCCGCGAGGUGGCAUGUCGGCGCCCCCGGCACCGGUACUCCCCGAGCGUGACCCGUGACACACGGCUGACCCUGCGGAGCACCGUCUGCGAGGGCCACCCCGGACUCGGCGUGCCCAUCUCAGACGGCGAGGAUUGCGUCAAGUAUGUGGACUAUCAGCAGGACCAGGAGACCACCAUGGCGUAGGGGGAAGACACAAAUCUUCCAGCCCAUUAUCACUGAGUCCGAACAGGGCCACGGAGACAGUAGCCUUUCAUUGUAAUGCCAGCAUUAAAUAUAUGAACUAAUU